AUGUAGCAAGAUUCUAAUAACAUGCAAUAGAUUUAGAACUACUAGAACACAAAUCAUCUUUUAUCUCCAAAAGCAUCAAAAUAGGUAGAUAUUUAAUUUUAUGCUACUUAUGAUGGGUUGUCAGACGAUAUAAACUCUUCACUUGGGAGACAAUCUUCUCUAUCAAACUAAGCAAGCUUAAAAACUGUUUAAUUUCACCCAUCCCAUGCUAAUGUAAAUGCGGCUUCUCAUGAAUAUCUGACCUUUGACAAGCAUCAUCAGCCAAGACUAAGUCAUCAGUAAAACUAGAUUAUGAUGCUAGAUCUUAAAAACUUUUAAACGCAAAAUUAUUAAUAUCAAAAUCUGAACAGUUACCCGAGGCAGAAUAGUUAAGUUCAAAAUAAUUAAGGAGGAGGAAAUGCAUCAAUGGUAUCUCAGAGAAAUACUACUGAGUCAAUGAGCGAAAAGAACAGUCCUAGUGGCAAAAAUUAUAAAUAAAACAAUUAAUUAGGGUUUAAAAUUUAAAACAUGAAGGAAACUUUUUAACAAUAAUAACCACACUUAUCUCAACAGUAGCAAGUGUCUUCAAAUUUUUAAUAGCAACCCCAUAUACUCGCUAAUGUUAAUCAUCACCUGAACUCUAAUCCUUAUCAAAGGCCGAACCUACAAACUUCAAUUCAGCAAAUUAUUAUGGAGGAAGACGCAAUAUCACCUUUGUCAAGAGGGGUCACUCCAUAUACGAAUAACUCAGAUUAAAAGCAAAAUAAGAAUUUGACUAAGAUAGCGAAUUUUUACUCUCAAACCCAAUAGAAUCAACCCAAUCACUCAUCUUAAUAGCAUCUCUAGCAUUAGCAGCAACUACUUAUUCGCAAAAAUAAUUUUACCUCCUCUCCAAACUAGAGUCUUCAGAUGCAUUAGGAUGAUCUGACUAUGGCUAAUACUACUAGUGGGAGGCAUACUGUGAAUACUAUGCAUUAGAGAAAAAAUUCAAGCUCAAAUUUUAGCCAUAGCAAUGGAGGGAAUGUUAAAGACUCAUUAAUGACGCACACUGUCGAUGGAAAGCAGCUGCCACCUCUUGAUCCCAAAAGCUCUCAGGGAAGUUUCCAUAAUCAAAUUCACUCUAGAUAAAUUAAUAAAAAAAGGUUGAGCACAUAAAAUAUAGACUCUAAUGCUCUAGGUGAGUAAGCUUCUCCUAGUAAAUUAUUGAAAUAUCCAAAGUAAUAAAGCCACAAGGAUAUUAUAAGGCCAAGUAGUCAACUGUAGGAUUCUUCAAACUUCCAAUCCCUAGGCUAGGGCUAUAAUUCGAUUAAUAAUCCUGGGUCUUCACUCGAUAGAAAAUAAUCAUAAUUAGUUGAAUAAAAAAAGUAAAAAAGUUUUACGAAAUAAAAUCUCAAUAAUAUACUUUAAGAACAGUAAAUCGGCAACCUUAAAUAAUAAUCAAGUAAUUAGAAAAAAGCCCCUGCCCACCGACAAUCUCCAUACAGUAUAAACUAAACAGCUGAGUUAAUGCAUAUUAAUGACAAAAGAGCAGGCGGGAAUUCUCAAAACUCAAGGCAGAAAAAACUUAAAAAUGUUAUUCAGUCGUAUUCAUCAACAAACAAUACUAAUUAGUAAAUAUAAUAGAUGAACGUUCCUAGAUUUAGCAAUCCUAGCAGAUUUGAUUUAAGCAGUUCUCCAAUGAGCAUGAAUGGACCAGAGUCUUCACAUUACAAUGCAGCAGGUUAUUAAACUCUGCUUGGAUAUGGAGCUGGGGAAGAUCUGUCAAAGAGAAUCGCAACCUAGUAGGCUUCGACUUACUCUCCGAGCGCAUUUAGUAUGUACCCUAAAUCUAUAAACAAUUAAAAUGAGUAAUUAGUAUCCCAGCAGCAAUAAAACAAUAGCAAUAUUAGAAAGCAAUUCUCUCAAACUCAAAUGAGAACAAUGAGUUAGAAUGGUUAGGGCACUAAUCAUAAUGGCUAGGGAAUAUAAAAUUUGAGACAGUCAAAGAUUGAUCCUGUGACGAGAGGAAACAGCCAGCAGCAUCUUACGAAUUCCAUUAAUAAAUACCUAGGCAAAAAGAAAAUACACAAAACAAAGCAUUAAAAAGAUGGUCUCAAGCUUAAUCUGUCUAAUAUUCUUCUCAAUCAAAGAUAAAAUGAAUCUAAUGAUACGACAGCUUAUGAUUAGGCUCUAACUGCUAAAUCUAAUAUUUAAGGAGGGCAAGUAAAAGUAACUAAAGCUUAAACCACAAAAAAUGGUAAAAAGUUGCAAAUUAAUGUAAAGAAAAUUCCCGAGCUUAAAAAUUUCAAACUUGUGUAAAAUAACCUCUCAUCUUAGAUUGGGCCUUUUAUCACAACUGACGAUAGGAGAUUAGUAAACUAUAAGAGCAAGAAUAUCAUUCAAUAGCAUCAAAGUGAGCUGAUCAGUUUCGAAUUCACUAGUGCCAGAGUACUUCCUAGCUCCAAAAAUGACUAACUCUCUCUUGGUAGAGAUUUUGACAAUAACUAAGAGAUUCUUGUGAAGACUAAUGACUAUUAAAUCACUGACACUGAUGAUAAUCGUAGUAACGUCAAGUCGAACUAAUUAGAUUUUCAAAAGCCUUAAUCCCAGCAGUAUUUUCAAAGAAAAAAAGAAUCAUAGUCAAUAUAUCUGGAGGAUUAAAAGUUUCCGAGAGUCGUCAUUGAUACCGAAAUGCAUGCAAAUGAGUUUUUAUUAGACAAGGAGCUUUGCGAGAUAAAAGAUAAGAUAAGCCUUGACUAGAAUGUACUAAAGGUAUAAGAGGUCAAAUAAACUCUAAAUGCAAUCCUUGAGAAGAAGAAUCUGGGAAGAUUAACUGAGAUUAUUGAUUAAAUGCUCAAUAUUUACUAGUUUCAGAUUGAUUCUCAAUAAAAAUUCAUUCAAUAAUCAUAAUCUGUAUCUCCCUCAGCUUACUAAAUUUUGAAAGAAGAUAAUUUAAGGCAAAACUAAAAAAUUUAAGAUCUGUAAAACAUUUCAGAUCAUAAUGGGGAAGAGAAUGAAAAGUUAAAGAAGCAAGUAUUUGAACUCUAAUAGGAAAAUAGCUCAUAGAAAUUCACAAUCGAGUAAUUAAUCAAAGAUAAAAAAUCCGAGCGAGAUUAGAAGAGUAACGAAGAUGCUUUAAAAAGAGUAACUAAAGAAUUAGGAUAAAUGUAUGAAUAAAACUAAGAGUAGUAAAAAGAAAUUAAAAAGUUGAAAAAAGAGCUCAAGGAGUCUUAGAGCAGAGAAAAAGAUUAUUUGAGCGUGCUUAAAAAUACCUCUGAAUUCAGCAAACUAGCAAUUGAAUAACAGUAGCGAGUCUAAAAUAUUCAAGUAUUGCAGCAAAAUGAAUUUGUUUAGAACUCUAUUUAACAGCAAAAUAACGAACACAAGCUCAAGGUCAUUCCAAAGUUGAAUCUUAAGUUGGCAAUGAAAAAUCAAAUGAGUUCUGCAGUUAAUAGUAGUGAGAGAAUGGGCUAAAAUUUAAGUAAUCAAAGCAGACACAAAAUCUAGAAAUAGUACGAGCAAAAUGAAAGUUUCAAACAAGGAGGAGAUGAUGAUGAUUAUAAUAAGGAUGAAGAAAUUGACUAAAUUGGGGAGUUAGUUAAGCCUUAAAAUGCCGACAAUAAUAAGAAUUAGACUAACAAAUUUGUUCCACCUUUAAAAAUGAAAACAUUAGCAUCAAAUUUUGAAAAAAUAUAGGAACCUAAGAUGGGUCUUGAUAUGAAAAAAUUAAGUAAAAUAUAAGACUUUUAAGAUGAAUUCAUGGAUAAGUAUGAGGAAUUCAGUCUUUCGUGGAGAGAAGCCAUUAGAAGAGAAAAGAGAUUUUGA